GCACUUCCCUUCUGACGUCAUUGCCGGGUUGCAAGUGGGAGAGAGAGAAAGAUGGCAGAUUUUGACAAUUUCGAGGGUGCUAAUACCGCAGAGGAAGAUCCUGCAGCGGAAUUUCUAGCGAGAGAACAGACAGAACUUGCAGGAUUGGAAGAUGAUAACUUCGGAGGAGAUAGUGCUGGGCAGCAAGCGGGAGGUGACUUUGAUGCUUUUGGCAGUCAAGCCACAGAGCCUGCAGCUCAGAAUGAUCUGUUUGGUGGCGGUCUAGGUGGUGGGUUUGACAUGUUAGGGGGAGACAACUCCUCGGGAGACGGACUCCUUGAUAUGGGGUCAGUACCGCCUUCUGGGGGACUGCUGGAUAUGGAUGCGGCUCCUCCAUUGGUCAUUGAACAGUCAGCUCCUGAACAAUUUGUACCGGCAACCAAUGGUCCGACGGAUGCAUAUUCUGCCAUCUCACAGGUAGACACAGAAAGAGCUGAGCCUGAACAAAUCAAAAUUUGGAGAGAGGAACAGAAAAAUAGAUUAGAGAAAAAAGAUAAGGAAGAGGAGCAGAAGAAGGGGGAGUGGAAUGAGGUUGCCAGGAAGGAACUGGAAGACUGGUACAAGCAUCAUGCUGAACAGCUGGAGAAGGCCAAGGAGAACAAUAGAGCUGCAGAAACUGCUUUCAUUAAGGAACGUGAUGAGAGUAUCCCUGGAGCUCAGUGGGAGAAGAUAUGUCGGUUGUGCGAGUUCAACCCCAAGAACGUGAAGUCCACAAAGGAUGUGUCCAGAAUGCGCUCCAUGUUGCUGCAGCUGAAGCAGACUCCUCUUGUUCGCUAGGUGUUCAUCUUAUCCAUACUAGAAUAUCAGAUUGUCUCUUGUAGAAAGGAAUAGGGAAGGACUAGAGUCAUCUUUUGUCUGUUCGUCUCCACAAAAUAGAGUCAGGUACUCUAACAUACAUUGAUUUCUACACUUUUGGGUAGGACACACCUGAAAAUGUUUCACAGAAAUUCAGCUCUUUUUUAUCUUUGUUCUUAAUUGUAAGUACUUUGUUAAGAAAGGUUGUAGGAAGUGAGACACACCCUUGCCCUCUUCUCAGAGAUAGUCAAGAUUCUAGGUGUUCCGACAACCGUGUAUGCUGACUGACAAGUCGUCCUUGCUAUACAUCCAAAGGUGCCCAUAUAUUUGUGUUUCAUAGUUUGUUGUAAUGUAUACUCUGAUCAUGUCACUCAUCGUAGGCAGGAACGAUAACCAGAUAGCGUUCUGAACAGGUGUCUACUUAUUCAUCUUUGUUUAUGAUAUAUAUGAAACUUCUAUCAGGAAUUGUUUUAUGUGAGGAAAAUAGUAAUUAACACUUUUGAUAUAGUUAAGGAAAUUAAGGGCAUCUGCACCUAUUGUAAAAAUCAAACAUGUAUGUUGUAGAUAUUUACUGUUGUGGUUAGUCAACAAAAUGCAUUGAAAGACCAAGCAUGAAUCAUGCAGCAAAUGAAAUUGAUAGAAUUUGCUGGUCAAGGAGUGAGUGUAUGUCAUUAGUCACAUUUCUCAGUUACCAUGGUACUGUCAAUUUUAGAUUGUAGAGUGCAAUUAUUUGUUGGGGAUUUUAGAGUGAGAAAUUUGUGUCUAUGAAUGACUGCAUUCCAGGUGUAUAUUUAUUUGACAUGUCUACAAAUAAACAUUAUCAGUUAUA